CGCGAUGGGUUGGGUGUGGCUGGGCUGCGGGAAGAGCAGCAGGGAAGGGACUGCGAGGCGCGUCGAGAAUUGCUGUAGCUUUUUCUAUGUGCAUCUGCUGCUGGUGAUGCUUGGAAAGGYUUAGAAAUAAAACUCCAUAGACUGGYGUCUAUAGAGCAAGUAUUUGUUUAUUGCAGCGCUAGAAGGGAGGAGGAUUUCUCUUCCCAGCUCCCCUGCCUUUGCUUUAAAUUGKCACAUAUUUAUAUAGUAAGCAUGGUGUAACAUGAACAUUGUUACUGCUCCUCAUACGCCCACCAUACACUUACUGCUAUACAUGGGCACGGAAAUACAUGAUGUUAUCGUUUUACAAGUGCGCAUGUGUCAUCUUCCGUUCGGUGGUUCCGGGAGUUUUUCUCUAAUGAGAUAUUAUCUUCUUUAUUAUGGUAGACUUUUGACCUUUGUCUUCAGGGCAUGCGCAGUUGCGAUAUUUAUGGGGUUUUUCUAGUCUUCUAAGUUGUCAUUUUUAAUUAUUUUGCUGAUUGUCUCGUGAUUUUGCUAAGUUCUCAUUAGUGCUUGCUACUGUUUCUUCUUAUAGCAUUUACAUGUCUACUUUCUUCAGAACUUUUUUUGAUUUAUGCUUCUUGGUGAUUUUACUUCUUUAUAUACUAAUCCAGCUGGUUAGAUUACGUGCAGCUGGUAUACUACAUGUUGCUAAUACACGAAAAAACUUACAGCAAUAUAUAUAUAUAAAAAGCUAUCAUUGAUAAUAUAUUGAAAGUAAUUACACUGUAUUAUAAUAAUAUGUCAAAAGUUAUUACAUUCUUAUAUUAAUAACAUAAAAAAAGCUAUAGAAAAUUUUUAAUUAGUAAGCCUCAUAAGCACCUUGCCACUUUAAUAUAGAUCAUAUGUAUCACUGGUUUAUGGCUUAUAGAAAAGUAAAAACGUGAUUACUCAGAGGAGGUGCUGCACAUCUCUCUGUUGACGAAUGCUCCCGCUAUUCCUCACACCCUUGGUUUAUUGAUACUGAAGUCUGUUCUUAGGUUUGCUUUUCUGCACUGAGCACCUGAAAUUCUCCUGUCACAGUAUGGUCGAGGUGCCUUUUUCGGGUCAUCUUUCCAGAUAUCAAGCUUUGUCUGASUCUUCGUUUUCUCAUGGUUGAAGAAAGCAUGUUCAUCUUCUUUUUCACAUAAGACAUAUUAUUGAUAUUGCUUCAUCUAUUUAAUGGUUCUGAAGAGGGUCGUAGUAAAGCUGAGUAUCCUGAAGCUAAAGUAGGUAGUAUUCAAUGAUCUAGUCUUCAGCUAAAUUGGUGUGCCAUACACUCUGUAAAGAGAACAAGUAUUUUGCCUUUAUAUAUAACCUUUUGGUUUUGUAUAUGUAAGUAUAUACCUCUGUAUGUAUGCAUUCAUUUAUACAUACUUGCAUGUCCACAUACAUAAAAACAUGAAUGUGUGUGUGUGUGUGUGUGUACAUAUUUAUAUGCAAAAAAAAAGUAGAUAUGGUUUUGUUUGCAGUUGCCUCAGCACUGACAUUAUUAUUCAGAAGGAACACUUAUGUAAACCAUAAGACUAUUAUUUAACUCACUAUAAAUGGUAUUACUGCUUUUGUUCAUUAUAAACACUUUAUAAGAAGUGUAGGCAUUUCAUUUUGGCUCUGUGCUCCCUUAUUCUCAGGAAAUUGUUUGUGAUCUGUAGCACUGGGAGUAACCAGUUGGAAUGUACCUUUUUGGGGAUUUCUUGGACCUCAGCAGUGUAAUUCUCUUGUGUGAUGCAAUUUAAACUGGUUCCACCAGUUUUAGGUCCUGGAAAAAUACAGGUGAAGUUCGCAUUGUCUUUUGUUGUGUGUAGCAGCAAAUGCAGUUUCUGGAGAGAUUCCRAUUCUGAUCACCCAAUUAAUAUUCACAUUUUCACUUAAAUGUUUUGUUUGGUGUGGUCAAACCUUGGAUUGGCAGCAUAAGUGUGUGKUGUUGCUCUGAUGUUUUGCUGUCACUACUGUUGUUCUCUGUGAAAGUGAGCAGAAGGGAGCUCCUGGACAAAUUCAAACAGAAAGGAAGAUAAUGGAAGCAUGGACAGGUAGCCUGAGAGGAAUACAGAUAGAUUGUUAGAGUAGUUAGGGAUUCGAUUGGGAAAAUCGUGAUGGAAUUAAAUCCAGCCAGGGAUGUCAGGGACAACAAGAAAAGCUUCCAUAGGUAUUUUGGUGAUAAAAGGAAGAUUAGGAAAAAUGUGGGCCCUCUCUGAAAGGAAACAGGAGAACUAUUACCUAGGAUAUGGAGAAGGUUGAGGCAGUCAAUGCCUUUUUUGUYUCGGUCUUCACUGGAAAGUGCUCCAGCCGCACAGUAGAAGGCUGGAGAGGGACAUUUUACAAGGGCAUGUAGUGAUAGAAAGGAGAAUGGAUUUAAACUGAGAGUKGGUUUAGAUUAGAGAUUAGGAAGAAAUUCCUGGCUUCAAGGUGGUGAGGCCCUAGCACAGGGUGCCCAGAGAAGCCWUGGCUACCCCGUCUGUGGAAGCAUUCAAGGCCUGGUUGGACGGGACUUGGAGCARUGUGGUGUAGUGRAAGGUGUCCCUGCCAAUGGCAGCGGGUGGAACAGGAGGGGCUUUAAGGUCUCUUCCAACAUAAACUAGUCUAUGAUUUUAUGAUUCUGUGCUUAAACAAUGCUAGAUUAAAAAUUUGCCUUUGCAAAUGAGUUUUUCUUUGUUUUCUUCAGAAUUUAUCUUGCUAAGGCAGUAUAUUUCAUUUAUGAAAUAGGAAAAUUACGUCUAACUGUUAAACUAUUUUUCAUAUUUAAUUUUUUUAGAUGGCAACAUUAAUUCACACUUUAGCGGAUCAUAGUGAUGAUGUCAACUAUUGUGCMUUCUCAUCAUCGUGCUUGGCUACUUGUUCCUUGGACAAAACRAUUCGUGUUUAUUCUUUGAGCACCUUUGCUGAGCUUCCGUACUCGCCUUUGAGAGGUCACAGGUACGCUGUGCACUGCUGCUGUUUCUCCCUGUCGGGUCUCUUGCUGGCCUCGUGUUCCACGGACGGCACCACGGCGCUUUGGGACGUGCGCGAUGGCCGCAGGCUGGCGGUGCUGGAGCAGCCCAGUGCCAGCCCCGUCAGAGUCUGCCGCUUCUCUCCUCGGGAUCCCUUCCUCUUGGCAGGGGCAGCGGAUGGCACUGCGGCUCUUUGGAAUGUGCACUCGGCGAAACUGUACCGAUCUGGGAAUGUUAAAGAUGGUUCUUUGGUGGCUUGUGCUUUUUCUCCCAAUGGAAAUUUCUUUGUCACUGGAUCAUCAAGUGGUGAUUUAACGAUUUGGAAUGAUCAAAUGAGGUGCCUGUAUAAUGAGAAAGCACAUGAUCUUGGCGUUACCUGCUGUGAUAUUUCUUCACAUCCAGUAUCUGAUACUGAGAUUGGAUUGGAAUACUUCCUGAUGGCUUCUUGUGGACAAGAUAAUCAGAUCAAACUCUGGCUUAUUUUGUUUGCAGAUCUCUUAGGUGUUGAGUUAAAAUAUAAAUGCACACUGAGUGGACACUCUGCUCCAGUUCUGGCUUGUGCGUUUUCCURUGACGGACAGAUGAUGGUCUCAGGGUCUGUGGACAAGUACGUCAUAAUCUAUGAAACUAGUACUGGCAAUACCCUUCAUACUUUGUCUCACCAUACCAGAUACGUUACAACUUGUGCUUUUGCACCACAUAGUCCCUUACUUGCCACAGGCUCAAUGGAUAAAACUGUGCACAUAUGGCAAUUGGACCUUAAGCAACCCUGUGCAGAGUCUCUAGGCCAGCGCAGUAAAGUUCUCCAGAAAAUUGAAGAACUAAGGAUGACAAUGAUCUCAGUUUCAGUUCCUGAUGAGUUCUUAUGUCCUAUAACAAGGGAGCUUAUGAAGGAUCCUGUCAUUGCAGCAGAUGGCUAUUCCUAUGAAAGGGAAGCUAUGCAAAACUGGGUCAGCAGCAGACGAUCUAGUCCCAUGACGAAUCUUCCUCUCUGCUCUGUUAUGCUCACACCAAACAGGACAUUAAAAAUGGCCAUCAGUCGCUGGCUAGAGACUCAGCAGAAAUAGUUUAACCACUUAAUUUUGCAGUUGUUUGUUAAUUGAAAUUUUACGCAGUAAAGGGAUUAAUGUAUCAGAAACAAAUAGAAAAAGUUGUGUUUUUCUUCUAAUUGGUGGCUGGUUCAACCUUCACUGGUGGAAACUUCCAGAAAAACUUUUUUAACCUCUUGGUAGUUCUACCUUGUGUUAUUUCUGUUUAAGAUAUUAAGUACUCAAACUAAGUUUUUAAAAUAAAAUUUUCUUAACAUUUUCA